AUGCCGCAUGGAGAAGCUGAUAUCGGUAACCUGGCCCUGGCAGGCGGGCGGAGAAUCGAGGGCGGACGGGCUCCAGUUGGUGCGAUCAUUUCUCGAGCGGCGGCAGAGGCAAUCGAGAGUAAUAGGAAUGUUGCUGUGCUUGUUUAUGAACCGACUGGGAUGGCUAAUGAUGCUCGCGCGGUGGUUUAUGAGGCGAGAAAUGGGGGAUGUAGGGGGCUGGAAUAUUUCGAGGAGACGUACCAGUGGGUUGCUGCUGAACUUGGGUAA